AUCCUCUUUCAAUAGUCCUUGGUUCAUGCGAGAGCAGGUCAGCUGGUUGGUUAGUUUACUGAGUCAGUUAGUUAUAAGUGUUAGAUCCUUAUUGGGUCGCGUUUUUCUACAAACUUUCGGUCCACACCGACUUCCCACCAACUAUCUAACAACGAAAACAGCUGAUGUUAGCUCUGUGGCUCAGCUCAUUCAACCAGCCAGCUAGAGAUCCACAUGACAGCUCGGAGCAUCCUGCUAGCCGAGCAGCUACAUUAGCAAGACACACUGGGAAGAAGUGAGGUGAGGACCAGUGUCAUCAACCAUGGCAGGUGGAAUUACAGAGAGUGGGGAACCCUACUCCCCAUUUGUGGGGCUGGUGUAUAUGUUCAAUCUGAUUGUGGGAACAGGAGCUCUGACGAUGCCCAAAGCCUUCGCUACAGCCGGCUGGGUGGUCAGCAUAGCGCUCAUCUCUUCUUUAGGAUUUAUGAGCUACAUGACCACCACGUUUGUGAUCGAGGCGAUGGCGGCGGCCAACGCUCAGCUGCGCUGGAAGAGGAGAGAGCAGGAAGAGGUCAAUGACAGCGACUCCACCUCUGAGUAUUCGGAUGAUGAUGUCAUGGUCCGAGGCCGAUCGGAGCCGGAGACGAAGCCCAUCUUGUCUGUCCGUAAGUGUCAGAGAUCAGGAGGUCACGUCGAUCAGUUCGACAUCGUGGAGCGGGUCGAGAUGGGUCAAAUGGCCUCCAUGUUCUUCAACAAAGUUGGCGUCAAUAUGUUCUACAUCUGCAUCAUAGUCUAUCUGUACGGAGACCUGGCCAUCUACGCAGCAGCUGUGCCUAUAUCACUGAUGGAAGUCGCCUGUGGAAACCACUCCUGCAGCGCUGGAAGUGUGAACUAUAACGAUACCGAUCCCUGCUGGGGAUCUGUGACGAGGAAAGAUGCGUACCGGGUGUUUCUGGGCGUCUUCGCUCUUCUCUUGGGGCCUUUCACAUUCUUCAACGCCCAGAAGACCAAAUAUCUUCAGAUCCUCACCUCACUCAUGCGCUGGAUUGCGUUCAGCAUGAUGAUCAUCUUGGCUCUUAUCCACAUUGGUAAAGACACCGGCGAGGGCCACCCACCAGUCGCCUCCUUAUCUGGGGUGCCCAACCUGUUUGGGGUGUGCGUCUACUCCUUCAUGUGUCAACACUCCCUGCCCUCCCUGGUGACGCCCAUCUCUGACAAAAAGCGUGUGGGCACCCUGGUGUUGGCGGACUACAUCCUGAUCUUGGGCUUCUACGUCCUGCUCUCAUUCACCGCGAUCUUCUGCUUUGACAGCUCACGGCUGCACGACAUGUACACCCUGAACUUCACCGACAACUGCAACGUGUUGAAUAUUCCGUUCCUGCGCUACUUCCUGGGCCUCUUCCCGGUUUUCACCAUCAGCACCAACUUCCCCAUCAUUGCCGUGACUCUUCGCAACAACUGGAAGACCCUAUUCUACCGGGACGGAGGCACCUACCCCUGGGUGGUGGACCGUGUUGUGUUUCCCCUCAUUACCCUGGUGCCCCCAAUCGUGGUGGCCUUCUGCACCAACAACUUGGAGUCCCUAGUGGGCAUUACAGGAGCCUAUGCUGGCACGGGCAUCCAGUACAUUAUCCCAGCCUGCCUUGUGUACUACGGUCGACGCCAUCUGGAGCCCGUGGUGGGCAGGGAUGCCAUCAACAAGCACAGGUCUCCCUUCCGCCACGCCUGCUGGGUGUGGUUUGUUUUGUUGUGGGCCGCCUCCUGCCUCAUGUUCGUCACAGCCAAUAUCAUCCUGACUGACAUCAAGAAAUGAGAACUCACUGUUCCAAGAACUUUCUAGAAAAAAAAAAAAGUAUAUCUGUUUGGCCAGUGUCUUUGUUCCUGUACACGAGGCCUUACUUGCUGCUGGUUGGACAGUGUGCCUUUUAAUGGGACUUUUGUUGCAUAUAUUAAAUGUAAUUAAGAGUAAUUUAUCAAAUUUGUUAAAAGGGACCAAAUGUCAAAUGUUUUUUUUCCGUUUCAAAAGCUGGAACAGUGCAUGACAACAAUGACAGGGAAUUGAAAAGAAUUUAUUAAAAGAAUGUUUUCUCAACAAACACCUAAUAGUCUGAGGUUUUCACGAGGAUUUGCACAAACAGAACUUUUUAAAAUCUAUCUUAAGAAGAAGAGUCAUACAAACUAUGUAAUGAUGGCUUGCUUGUUGAUUUCAGAAAGUAACAAACAUUAUCGGACGCAACCCUCGUUUGCGACGUUGGAAAGGUUUGGGGCUGGGGGUAUAGACGCUGUUCGACGAUCUGAAAAAACACUUUGUUUAAAGCAGAUUGGAGCCUUUAGCUUUCUGUGGGUUGUCCCAUCCUGUACUUCUUUACUUCCGAAACUAUAAAAAAGGCUGGAUGGUAAGAUGCAGAGGGAUCCUCUGGACCCUCAGGGCUGAAUGUUCCAAUAAAGAUAUAUUAAAGCAAUUGAAACAGCAGCGUAGUGACAAGAAAAAGAGCCUGCCACAUCCAGACUCGUGUUCUGUUGCUAAACCGCUCGCCGUCUACACAGCUUGAUAAUGAAAUUGGAACAGAAACCAACAGAAGAAGACAAACGAACGAAUCGGGGACCAUCAUUCUUUCUCGGCUGACGUGUAUCCAUUCCUCAGAGGCGGCUGCCUCCGAUCUCUUGGUCCCCCUUGUGAACAAUGAAGCUCCGUCAGUGACAGAUCCACUGAUAGAUAGGCUUCCAGGAAGAGCUCCAUCUCUGUUUAUCACCAGGCAGUCGCGCCUGUAGUUCACACACAGGGCAUGUCUCCCGUCUUUUACUGCUCAGCACCCGUUCAUGACUCUGUCAGCCUCGUACUGUAUCUAUCACACAGCCCAACACCUGACAGGAUAAUAGUGAUCUACAGUGGCCAAGAAGUGGAGGGUCGUGAGCCAAAUGUGACGACAGAGCUUCACACUGUACUGUAGUUUAGAAAUGCUGAGUUCACUGACACUUGGCAGCUUCCUGUCUGAGUUGUGCCUUUGUUAAUGGGCUUCAUCUUCUACCUGUCUCAUUUUGUCUUUCUCAUUAUCACAAUUCAUAAUCACAAGUGAGGGGUUGGUACAAAAAAAGUAGUAUUGUAGCUGUCGAGAAGUUACAUUGGAGGUGAAUGGAAAUGUGUUUGUGACGCUUAUGUUUCAAAAAUUCAGUAGCAGCAAGUCUUAGCGGAAAUGGUGUCCGUGUUCCUCUGGUGUCUUAGGGACUAUUUCUUCGGUAGGAAGUAGUUCCUCUGAAAACUAUUCAUUGUGUGGUUAUCCAGAGUAACAAUGGAAUUGUUUCUGGAAAGUAAUGUUGCUGUUGAAAGACCACAAACACAAAUUUAAAUCACCUCCAGAAAUCUCAGAGACGGAUAUCUCAAAACCUGGACAAAUAAAAUCAACUAGUCCACUGUUUGUUUGUUUUUGUAAUUUGGGUAAAAUUAGUUUUGGCUAGUGUUGCUGUAGGACUUCAGCAGUAUAGGAGACUAGAGCUGGGCGAUAUAUUGAAUCAUACUGUGGCCACAGAAAAUAUGAAUUUCUUUUUGACACAUUAAGUAAACAUAGUUUCAGUCAACAGUUUAAUGAAAUGCUGUGUCCCAUAUCACUCUGUUUGCUACUCGGUAUGCUAAAUUUUCUUUGUGAUAUUUUCUUUGAGUCUCCAAAUUAUAAGUGUGACUUUACGCUCUGUUUAGUGCCAUCGGAUAUUCCCACUAUGGAAUGAGAAAAAUCCGAUCCCAAAGCAUUUUUUGC